AUGGCGGGGCACCCAGCUUCAGAGUUCGCCUUCUCACCCCCGCCAGGAGGUGGAGGGGAUGGGCCAGGGGGGCCGGAGCCGGGCUGGAUUGACCCUCGGACCUGGCUAAGCUUCCAAGGCCCUCCUGGUGGCCCAGGAAUCGGCCCGGUUGGGCCAGACUCUGAGAUGUGGGGGAUUCCUCCAUGCCCCCCACCCUAUGAGUUCUGUGGAGGGAUGGCUUACUGUGGGCCUCCAGUCGGAGUGGGGCUGGUGCCCCCGAACAGCCUGGAGAUGUCCCAGCUUGAAGGCGAGGUGGGAGCAGGGGGGGAGAGGAACUCGGAGGGGGCCUCCCCAGAGCCCUGUGCUGCCCCUCUUGCUGACGUGAAGCUGGAGAAGGAGAGCCCGGAGCAAAACCCCGAGGAGUCGCAGGACAUCGAAGCGCUGCAGAAAGAACUGGAGCAGUUUGCCAAGCUCUUAAAGCAGAAGAGGAUCACCCUAGGAUACACCCAGGCUGAUGUGGGGCUCACCCUGGGGGUUCUCUUUGGGAAGGUGUUCAGCCAGACGACCAUCUGCCGUUUCGAAGCGCUGCAGCUCAGUUUCAAGAACAUGUGCAAGCUUCGGCCUCUGCUGCAGAAGUGGGUGGAGGAAGCCGACAACAACGAAAAUCUUCAGGAGAUAUGCAAAGCGGAGACCCUAGUGCAGGCCCGAAAGAGAAAGCGGACCAGUAUCGAGAACCGCGUGCGGGGCAACUUGGAGAAUAUGUUUCUGCAGUGCCCGAAGCCCACGCUGCAGCAGAUCGGCCACAUCGCCCAGCAGCUCGGGCUGGAGAAGGACGUGGUCCGAGUGUGGUUCUGUAACCGCCGCCAGAAGGGCAAGAGGUCGAGCAGCGACUACGUGCAGCGAGAAGAUUUCGAGGCUGCUGGCUCUCCUUUCUCAGGGGGACCAGUACCCUUUCCUCUCGCCCCAGGGCCCCAUUUUGGUACCCCAGGCUACGGGAGCCCUCAUUUUACCUCGCUGUACUCCUCGGUCCCUUUCCCUGAGGGGGAAGCCUUUCCCCCGGUCUCUGUCACCACUCUGGGCUCUCCCAUGCAUUCCAAUUGAGAUGCCUGCCCUUCCUUAAAAUGGGGAGCAGGGGGAGAGGGCCUGGAGGUAUGUACCAGGGCUUUGGGGAUCGAGUUCUUCAUUCACUAAGGAAGGCGGUGGGGACACGAAGGGUGGCGGUCGGGAGUUUUGGGGAAGCUGGUUGGAGGGAAGUCGAAGUUAAAUGACGCUCUUGAUUUUGAUCCCCAUCACACUCAUCACUUUGUUCUUAAAUAAAGAAGCC